AUGUAAAAAUGCACAUAUGUAAAUCAUGAAAACGAGGUCAUAAUGGGGAUUUGUCUUAAUUCUAAUUGUUAACAUGCUUCCAAAUAUUGUUACAAAUGUUUAUUUGAAGUACAUUAAGAACAUCAAAAACAUUGUAUUAGAUUAAUAGAUCUACCUGAUUUAAUAAAAAUAUAUAUUUCGGAUUAAGCUGAAUUGAUAAAAACAUCAAAUGUUAUCUAUAAUCGAGUAAAGUAGAAGAUGGAUUAAAAUAUAAAAAGAAUGGAUGAAAAUAAUUAAACUCUAUAAAAAUUGAAUUAAGCAUUACAAAACUAAGAUUUCAUUAUAUCCAAACAAUCAAUCGAUUUAAUAAAAAAAUACUAUUCAUAAGAUUAAUAAAAUUAAGAAAGUUUAUAUUUUAAUUAUUAUUUUUAGAGUAAUUCAUAAAUUAAUUAAAAGAAAUCGAAAAGAUUUUAGAAUCAAAGGAAAAUAAGAAAUCUGAAUUACAAGAAGUAGAAAUUCUAUUCAAUAUGGCUAUGUAAUUAACAAAUUAAGGUUAACAUGAAGAAGCUCUUAAAAUUUAUGAUAAUUCAUUGUCUCUAUUAAAUAUAAUAGAUAAGAUAUUUAUGUGGAAGGGUAAUAUAACUAAUUUAUUAUUCUAAGGAUAAUCAUUAUUACAUUUAUCAAGACUAUAAGAAGGAAUUAAAUGUUGUGAUUUGGCAAUUUAAUUAAAUCCUGAAAAUGAUAUGGCAUACAACAAUAAAGGUAUUAUUAUUAUUAAUUUAUAAUAAAUAGCUUGGGCCUUAGAAAAUCUAUAUCGGUUUAAAGAAGCUAUUGAAUGUUGUGAUAAAGCUAUUUAAUUGAAUCCUAAAAAUGAUAUGGCUUUUAAUAAUAAGGGUAUUAAUUAGAAAAAUCUACAAUAAAUAGGUUGGGCAUUAAGCAAUUUAAAGAAAUAUUAGGAAGCUUCUGAAUGUUAUGAUAAAGCAAUUUAAUUAAAUUCACUAAAUGCUAAUGCUUAUAAUAAUAAAGGUUCAUUAUUUCAUUUUAUUUAUUAGCCAUUGUUUUACAUCAAAUGAAAGAAUUUCAAUAAGCAAUAAAGUUUUAUGACAAGGCUCUAUUAAUUCAAGAAAACUCUACAUUUUAUAAAUAUAAAGGUAUUCACUUCCUAAAAUUAACUAUUUUAGCUGAAUCUUUACUUGCUUUAGGAAAUAAAUAAGAAGCUAGAAUUUGUUUUAUGAAAGCUCUUAAUUUAGGAUAUGUAGAUCAAGAUUAUAUAAGGAGAUAAUUAUUAAUGUUAUGA